AAACCAUCAUCUUGAAUUUGCCUGUCACCUUCAACACAUCGACCAGAUCUACCAAGAUGGCAAUGGAAAGUUUUGACAACAUCUACCUCGACCUCUCCAAAGAGUCAGGCAAAUGUCGAUUCGCCGAGACGGGGUUUGGUUGGAAGCCAUCUGGCGGGGGCGACACCUUUACCCUUGACCACAGCAAUAUCGGAGGCGCUCAAUGGAGUCGCGCAUCCAAAGGCUACGAAGUGAAGAUCCUCCUGCGCAACUCGGGCAUCGUCCAGCUCGACGGUUUCCAGCAAGAGGAUUUUGAGCGCCUGAGCAAGGUCUUCAAGAACUGGUACAGCACGAAUCUCGAACAUAAGGAGCAUGCGCUGCGCGGCUGGAACUGGGGCAAGGGCGAGUUUGGCAAGGCGGAGCUAGCAUUCAACGUUCAGAACAGGCCGGCCUUUGAGAUCCCCUACUCAGAGAUCUCGAAUACGAACUUGGCAGGCAAAAACGAGGUCGCGGUGGAGUUCUCGCUGCCGACUAAUGGCGACGAUGCGGGUAACGGGGCGCUUGGGGGCGCGCGGGGGAAGGGCAAGAAGGCAGGUGCGGGAAAGGAUCAGUUGGUUGAGAUGAGGUUCUACAUUCCCGGUGUGACGACAAAGAAGGAGGCAUUGGAGGGUGAGGAUGCGCCAAGUGAUGCGGAGGCCGAAGAGGAACAGAAUGCGGCAAAUCUGUUCUACGAUACGCUGAUGGAGAAGGCGGAGAUUGGUGAGGUUGCCGGUGAUACUUUUGCUACGUUCCUUGAUGUUCUUCACCUCACUCCAAGAGGACGCUUCGAUAUCGAUAUGUACGAGAAUUCUUUCCGGUUACGUGGUAAGACGUACGACUACAAGAUCCAGUACGAGGCUAUCAAGAAAUUCAUGAUCCUCCCAAAACCCGACGAGCUACAUUUCAUGAUCUGUAUUGGUCUUGACCCACCCCUCCGACAAGGUCAGACGAGAUAUCCUUUCCUGGUGAUGCAGUUCAAGAAGGACGAGGAGGUCUCGAUCGAUCUGAAUAUGACCGAGGAACUGUUGAACGAGAAGUAUAAGGACAAGCUGCUUCCACGUUACGAGCAGCCCUUGCAUCAGGUCGUUACGCAGGUCUUCCGUGGCCUUGCAGGAAAGAAGGUCAACCAACCAGCCAAGGAUUUCCUAAGCCACCACCAACAAUUCGGCAUCAAGUGCUCCAUCAAAGCCAGCGAGGGUUUCCUCUACUGCCUCGAGAAAGCCUUCAUGUUCGUCCCCAAACCCGCAACCUACAUCUCCUACGAGCAAACCGCUAGCAUCACCUUCUCGCGUGUCGGCGGUGCCGUCUCCGCCUCCCGCACCUUCGACAUCACGGUCCACAUGAAGGGCGGCGCCGGCGAAUCCCAAUUCUCCAACAUCAACCGCGAAGAGCAGAAGCCGCUCGAAGAUUUCUUCAAGAUCAAAGGGCUCCGGGUCAAGAACGAGAUGGACGAGGACGGCAGCGCGCUCCUCGCGGCCGCGCUCCGCGAUCCCGACAUGGCGUCCAGCGACGAGGACGACGUCGUAGCGGCGCGCGCAGACCGCGGCAGCGCCGACGACGACAGCGAGUCCCAAGAUGAGGAUUUCCAGGAGGAUAGCGAGAGCGAUGUAGCGGAGGAGUAUGACAGCGCGCACGAGAGUAGCGGGAGCGGUAGCGGUAGUGAAGAGGAAGGAAGCGAAGAGGAGGCCGAGGAGGAGGAGGAGGAGGAGCGGCCGAAGAAGAAAACUAAGACGGGCUAGCUUUUUAUUCUCUUUUCUUUUUGUUCAACUAUCACUAUUCACUAUCCCAAGAACAGAGACGACAGACGAGAGACGAGAACAGAGGAAGAGCGGAAUGAAGCUUUGCAUAUCCGGCGUUCUAGGGGGGAUAAAACUUUAUGGGCCCUUUUUCUCUUUUUUCUUUUCAAUUCAAAACACAAAUGAUCCCUUACCUUACCUACCUAGACCUUCUACACGUGAUCCCGAUCAAAUUCAAUGCCCCCAGCUAAGGUAUUAUUCUUCCGGAAAUUGGGUCG